AUGGCCACCAACGGCACCAACGGCACCAAUGGCCAGAGCAGCCGCUUCGACCCAACCUUUACGCAGCGCGUCAUCGAGACCAUGGGCCCCAACAUGACCCCCCGCAACCGCGAGGUCAUGAGCUCGCUGCUGCGGCAUCUGCACGACUUUGCGCGCGAGGUCGAGCUGACGGUCGACGAGUGGAUGACGGGCGUGCACUUUAUCAACGCCGUGGGCCAGAUCUCGACCAAGACGCGCAACGAGGCGCACCGCGUGUCUGAUGUCCUGGGCCUGGAGUCCCUCGUCGAUGAAAUCGCCAACAAGAUCGUGGCCGAGGGCGACAUCGAUCCUACCUCGUCCUCCAUCCUCGGCCCCUUCUGGUCCCCCAACGCCCCCUUCCGCGAAAACGGCGCCUCCAUCAUCCAGGACCCGAACCCCUCGGGCCGCGUCGCCCUCAUGCACGGCACCAUCACCGACCUGCUGACCGGCAAGCCCAUCCCCAACGCCGUCUUCGACAUCUGGCAGGCCAGCGCCAACGGCAAGUACGACUUCCAGGACCCGGAGAACCAGACGCCCAACAACCUGCGCGGCAAGUUCAGGGCCGACGAGAACGGCAAGUAUUGGUUCUACUGCUACCAUCCCACGGCGUACUCGCUGCCCACCGAUGGGCCUGCGUAUAAGCUGCUGUCGCUCAUGGACAGACAUCCCAUGCGCCCUGCCCACAUCCACAUCAUGGUCACCCACCCCGAGUACAAGGGCUGCACCACGCAGCUCUACCCCAAGGACGACCCCUGGUUGGCCACCGACACCGUCUUCGCUGUCAAGGACGACCUCAUCAUCGACUUUAAGCCGCUCAAGGGCGACGACAAGGCCGAGCUGGAUCUCGAGUACAACGUCGUGCUGGCGCCCAAGGGAUACAAGGGCAAGCAGUUUUAA